GUAGAGGACGGUAGAGGAUGUCCUACAGAACAUGUCAAGCAUGUCAGAGAACUAGAACGAGACAACCUUCCAUUAGACGAAGGAAUUAGGUUGUAUGAUAUGCAACGAUUACCAGUAUCAUCAUUAACUGAUCCUAUUGAAGUUAGACAAACUAUUUUAAAUCAAAAUGACAAGGAAAAAAGGAGAAAAGAAUCACAUAAUAAAGUAGAAAAGAAGAGAAUAAAUGUCAUCAAUGACAACAUUAGAGAACUAGGAAACUUACUCCCAGAAGAUGCCAAGAGACGAUCAAAGCAACGGAAGGGGCUAAUUUUGAAGGAAUCUGUUGAUUAUAUAAAGAAACUGCAAAAAGAACAUGAUGUUGUUCAAGGACUUCAAAAGAAAAUUGACGAUGUUUAUAACGAGAUUGAAAAACUAUCGACAAGACUUCAGCAGGUAGAAUUGCGGAUGCAGAUUUCAAAUAAUGGAUGCAACUGCCAUGAAGAAAAAAGGAAGGUCUGUGCUGAGACAAAUGAAGAAAAUGAUUUUUCAAAAUAUUUGUUUUGAAAACGUGCUUUCUUUCUACGCAAUUCACCUACAACAAUAUUUCAAGUGGCGACGUAAGAUGUAAAAUCAAAUUAUCAAUUAUUGUAAACAUCAGCGCAUUCUUAAACAUUGAGUUGUCAGAUUUUAUCUGAAAUCAAUUUAAAGCUGUAGUUUAUAAAUUAUAUAUAUUUUUAAAAAAUAACAGGAAUUGCUACAUUCGUUAAUAUAAUUGGUUUCCCAUCGAUAUCAGCUCUUAUCUUGAUGUCCGGAGUGCCAAAAUAAGUGUAUUAGCAAACAUACCGCUUUAUGGCGAAAUCGUAUGUACAAUUUCAUUUGCACAGGAAACUCCGUCUUCCUGCCAUUCAAACGUCAACAGAAAUCAACAAGAACUUUUAGUAGCGGCUCAAGAAGACGUUUCUUAAUUUAACGAUAUUCAUUUGAAGUAAACAUUCUCUACCACAUUUAGUAUUGCGUUAAGCAGUAUUUAAUAAAAAAACUGGAAAAUUGAUUGACGAAAAUGAAAACAAAAAUAAAGAAACUGGAAAAACACAACAGAAACGAACUUUUGAAUUCAUCUUGAGGAAAUUGUAAUCCGUCUCUAGGAUUCUACUGAAAAAAAAUGUCUAUUAAAGUGAUAGGCAUUCAGUGAA